AUGAAUAAUGCUAUGUAUUGCCCGGCGAAUACCGCGACGGGGGCCGCUGGUCAACUUUUUACUAUGCUAUUACAAACCGUUAUGGCUACUCCAUGUAAUUUAACAUCUGCAUGGCCUAGGGAUGAAGGCGAGGAAUUGGAUUCAGAUUUCGCAGCAUACGAUUUUAUAGUGAUAGGUGCUGGAUCAGCAGGUUCUGCAUUAGCCCAUCGGUUAGCAGAAAAUACAAGUUGGCAAAUAUUAUUACUUGAAGCUGGGGGUGAUUCCAUACCGAAAUUGUUUUUUUACAAUCAAAAAACAGAAAUUGAUUGGGGUUAUUACACUGAACCAAGCGAAAAUUAUUGCUUAGGUUUUAAAAAUCGGCGAUGCUAUUGGCCAAGAGGAAAAACCUUGGGCGGAUCAUCCGCAAUUAAUGGAAUGGUUUAUUUGAGAGGAAAUAGAAAAGAUUAUGAUUCUUGGGCGGCAGCUGGAAAUGAAGGAUGGAGUUUUGAAGAUGUUUUGCCAUUUUUUAAGUAUUCAGAAGAUAUGCGAGCACCCCAAGUUCUGGAACAAGAUAAUGAUGGAUAUUACCACAGCACAGGUGGCAAAUUAAAAAUUGAUAAUUACUUUGAUUCUAAUUCAGAUUUAAAAAAAGCACUAAUACAAGCAGCUGGAGAAUUAGGUUUGAAUUAUAUUGUCGAUCCGAAUUCAGAUACUAAGAUUGGCAUAACAACUUUACAAGGUACUCUAGAUCACGGAACAAGAUGCAGUUCAGCUAAAGCGUUUCUUACUCAUAAACAAAGUAAUUUGCAUGUUAUUAAACAUGCUUUAGUUACAAAAAUAAUUAUAAACAAGCAAAGUAAUUGGGCAAUCGGAGUACAAUUUACACGCAAAAAUAAAAAAUAUACAGCAUGGAGUACAAAGGAAGUUAUAUGUAGUGCGGGUAGUAUUAAUACACCCCAGCUUUUGAUGCUGAGUGGUAUCGGUCCUAAACAACAUUUGAAUCAACUAAAUAUUCCUCUUGUCGCAGAUUUACCAGUUGGUCUUAAUUUACAAGAUCAUAUGUUCAUACCGAUUUGGGUUUUACUAAGAAGAUCAAAUCAAUACGUCUCUCCCAAAGAGAAUGCUAAAGUAAUAUUUCAAUAUUUUAUGGAUCAUGAUGGUCCUAUGGCAGGUUUUGAUAUAACAAAUAUUGCAGCUUUUAUUAAUACCGACGAUCCCAACUCUCUUUACCCAAAUACUCAAUUCCAUUUUGUGCUCAUGCCCAAGUUAGACACAAGUGGAUUGCCCACAAUCAUAAAAGAUUUUGGUUAUUUAAAUGAAACUCGGAAUUCUCUAAUAGAAGCCAAUGAAUUGGGUGAUAUUGUAUUAUUUAUGGCCAGUAUAUUGCAUCCAAAAUCUUCCGGAUACAUAAAACUAGCCAGCAAAAAUCCUACGCAACAUCCCAAAAUAUACCCAAACUACCUGAACGAUCCUGACGACCUUAAAAUUGGAUUAAACGCUAUAAAAUUUAUUGAAAAAUUCAUUAGUACUGAAGCUUUAAAAAAUUUAGGUGCGGAAUUUGUUAACUUGAAUAUUCAGAAUUGUAAUAAUUUUACAUUAUUUAAAGAAAAUUACUGGAAAUGUUUUAUCAGAAACUUUGCAACAACAGAAUAUCAUCCUGCAGGUACUUCAAAAAUGGGUCCAUUAAAUGAUAAAUCAUCUGUAGUAGAUGCAAGAUUAAAGGUGCAUAAAAUGAAAGGCUUGCGGGUUGUAGAUGCAAGUAUUAUGCCAAAUAUUGUUAGUUCAAAUCUGAAUGGACCAACGAUAAUGAUAGCAGAAAAAGCUGCUGCAAUGAUUAAAGAGGACUGGCGACGUUAUAUCUUUUAA